GUCACAGCAGUUAAGGAGGGGGAAAAAUGAAACCAUUUCCUGGGAUGGCUCUCCAGAGAACAGUUGUGCAUAAAUCUCCAAAAGGUAAAAAUGAGUGAAAAUGACCAUGGAGCCUGGUAACCCCACCCAAAAUAAAAUGCCUUGUAUCUAACGUACCAUAAUAAACAUCGAAGACCAGAGUGAAGAAAUAAAUGGUGGGUGGAUAAUGCUGCCUCCUACUGGUGAAAUGUGGCAACACCAACCACCCCAGCAGAGACCUUCAACCUAUAGGCGAUUCUCUUGAAAAUAACAAGCCACCAGACACACUGUGGAGGAGAGAAAUGGAAUUGGAAUCCAGGAUGGAGGAAAAUGAGCAGUUCCUGCAGAAGUGGGGCAAAAAGGCUGUCGACAAGUGUCUAGACCUGAACAACUGCAGACUGACAACAGCAGACGUGAGAGAAACGGUUGCUUUGCUGCCUUCUCUCCCAGACUUGGAAAAAUUGGAUCUUUCCUGGAAUGAUUUCAUAGGUGGAACCCUGCAUUUACUCACCCAGCAAAUGCAUCUUGUCAGCAAGUUAAAAAUCCUGAGGCUGGGUAGUUGCAGACUUACAGUUGAUGAUGUUCGAGCACUGGGAGAAGCACUUAAAGCGCUGCCUGAACUUGAAGAGUUGAAUUUAUCCUGGAACAGUAAAGUGGGAGGAAAUUUGCCUCUGAUCCUCCAGAUGUUCCAAGAAGGGAGCAAGAUACAAACGCUUGAGCUUGUGGACUGUGCCCUCACACCCGAAGAUGGGGCGUUCGUGGGUCAGUCGCUGCCUAUGCUGCCAAACCUUGAAGUACUUGAUCUUUCUAUGAAUAGAAACAUCGCUGGCAGUCUCAACAGUAUUGCUCAGGGAUUAAAACGUACCUCAGAGCUGAAAGUCUUGAAGUUACAUUCAUGUGGAUUAUCACAGAAGAGCGUCAGACUACUGGAUGCUGCUUUUAGACACUUGUGUGAGCUGAGGACACUAGAUCUUUCCUGCAACAAGGAGCUGGGUGGAGGGUUUGAGGAUGCCCCAGGGCUGGCCACGCUGGAGCACCUGGAGGUGCUGGAUCUUCACCAGUGCUCACUGACGGCCCACGACGUGGUGUCACUGACCCAGGUUAUCCCUAUACUCUCGAACCUUCAAGAAUUGAAUUUAUCUGCCAACAAAAGGAUGGGAAGCUCUUCUGAAAACCUACUCGGCAGACUCCGAUUCUUACCAGCACUGAGGUCAUUACUGAUCAACAACUGUGCCUUGGAAAGUGAGACUUUCACUGCGCUGGCUGAAGCAUCCAUUCACCUCCCUGCUCUGGAAAUACUCAACCUUUCUUGGAAUAAGUGCAUUGGUGGCAGCCUGAAGCUGCUCCUGGAAACACUGAAGGUUUCAACGUUCCUUCAAGAGCUGAGGCUGAGCAGCUGUUCCCUGGUGACGGAGGACGUGGCUCUCCUGGCAUCAGUAAUCCAGGCAGGUCACCUGGCCAAGCUGCAGAACCUCGACCUGAGCUAUAAUGACAGCAUCUGUGAUGCAGGAUGGGCCACCCUCUGCCAAAACCUGUGGCUCCUCAAAGAGCUAACAGAACUGGAUGUUAGCCUUCGGCCAUCAACUUUUCGGGAUUGCAGACAAUGGUUUAGACACUUGUUAUGUGCUGUGACCAAACUUCCCAAGAUCACUGAGAUAGGAAUGAGGAGGUGGGUCCUCCCAGCUUCACAGGAAGAAGAACUCGAAUGCUUUGGCCAAAAUCACAGAAACAGCAUUCACUUUGACCACAGUGGGUUUCAGUAAAAUGACUUCCUGAGGCUAGCUAAGCUACACUCCAUCCUAAAGGGUGGCAAAGAACAUGAAUGACUCCCGGUGCAGGCAAGGGACUACCAACUUCUGAGCUGUUUAAUGAGAUUUAUGUUACAAGAGUUUGGUAAAUAUAUGUACACAAUAAACUAAUAAGAGCAUGUCUGAAUUCUCCAUCUUAUGAAACAAGGAUGACAUUUUUGGAUAGAUUUUCAUUUGUUUUGGUAUAGUUAGUUCACUUACUGUUUAGAAGACCUGACAAAAAUGUUUAGAUUCUGGUGAGGCAUCUCCUUUUUUUUCCCCUGGAAUUUUCUGCCUCUCUUUUCCUAAAUGCUAAAUGUUUUAAAUAUAAGGGUGUUUAUGAAUGUGUGUGAAAUUCUAAUGUGAAAAGCACUAACUGUUUGAAUAUUUUCUUGUUAUCUUUAUUAUUAUAUGUAUCUUAAUGUGGUCUACUUACAUUUUUGUCAGAAAGUAUUCCCUUCAGUAGUUUAUUAUGUUAUGUUCUCUUGUCUUUUAUCUCAAUAUAAACCAUACUAAUAAUAGUCAUGGACAUAUAAUUCUUAAUUAAAUGUGGUCAAAAAUUCAAAACCCAGUUUCAAAAACAUAGCUUAUUAAAAUAUUUUAUCACUAAAAUAAAUUAACAUAUUACCCCUGAGCAUUUCUCUGGCAUGAAAUUUGCCACAUAAACCCUAUUUAAUUCAAUAAUUAAAGUUUUCGUGUUUCUCUAA